UGUAUAUAUUUAGCCUUUCCUUGUAGUUUUUGACAGCCUGAUGUAGCUUCGUCAAUUUCCGUAAAUUCUUGUUGGUCUCGGGUAGUGCUAUGCUGUGUACUGUAUAUCGUUUAGCCUUAUAGUAGUGUCAUAUUGAUAAAUGUCUUAUGCGAGCUUCAUUAUGUUAUACUUUAUGUUUAGUGCAUAUAUUCGUGAAUCCUUUAUAUAUACAACUUCAAGAUGGACUGGAUAUAUAUGAACAAAAAUAAAUAAUUGCUAUUGGAUAGAACUUGGAUAGCAUAAUGUCACGAUGAAAUAAUUAUUCACUUCAAUUUGGAUGGAAUUUAACAAGUAAAUAUCAGUGUAAAUCAUACGGACGCAACGUAACCAUGAAAGAAAUAGAUUUAAUUCAGUCCUUCAUGGAGACUCCCUCCGUUAUCAGACCACUUACUAAUGCAAUAUCCCCGAUUUUCUCUCCCCACAGCAAAUAAGGAACCUGUUCAGUUCGACGAACUGUUGUGACGGUGCACGCGAUCCAGCGACUACACCCUCAUUCCAAACCAGUGAAUCGUCGACAACACCCUUAUCCUUAUCUAGGGAUUUGGUGACUCCAUUCUCACCGUUAACCAACGAUUCGGCAACUGCACCCUCUUCUUAUUCUUAUUUUUUAUUUGUCUCUUGCACUGUUUCCUCUUUUUUUCGGUGAUAAACGAUUGUACUCUCAGUCGUCACUUGAUCAGGUUGACACACCUCACCGUUGACCGACAUUCUAAUGGCAGUUCUGUUACUCAAUACACUCUCAUCUUCGGACAAAGCAUCUUUCCUCGACCUAAGUACUUUACUUUAAACUUCUGUCAGCAAUUCUGGGUAAAUCCUUCAGGAUUGUUGUGCGCCUUUCCCAUGUCAGAAGUAAGAUCUCAUUUACUUCUCGCUGACGACUCCAUCUGAAUUUCCCAACACUCAUUCUCGAGAAUAUACUGAAGAGGGACGAGGGACUUCGACACUAAGCUGUUUCCACAACCCAGACACCACAAUAAACGAAGACAGCUCAGAGGAUUAAUUUUGACCUUGUUUUUAGCUGUUGUUUUCAUUAUCGAAUAAAGACAGACGUCCAAUUCUGUAUCUUCUGUGAGCCGGAAAGUAUAGUGAAUUUCACCAUCUAAAGGAAGAAGACCUAUGGUGUAUAGAAGCACACUUUGAUAAUUCAGGCUUCAUAUAAUCAAGAAAACACGUGACUACAAAAUCGGCGUGCUUGAUACGCAUAUUUCAUUUGUAGAAUAUAUAUCGAAUAGAAUUUGCUGUGAGUAGUGAAGUUACAGACUUGCUAAGUCAAGAAUUCCAGUCUCAUCCAUACUCCUUGCUAAUGAGAAGUGACUCUGAUUUCUCCCCUUCAUUUGCAAACGGAAGUAACUCAUACACUCACUUGUGUAAGAGUCUUUUCUUGUAAAUAUAUAAACUUAAAGUGCCUGGUUAUAUAGUUUAUGUAUAAAGCCCUAGUUAAAAAAAGUAUAAUACUCGAAGUUUAGUGUAUAAGCACAUGGUGUGAUUUACUUGCCACUUUGGAUUUUUUAAUAUUUGUCAUUAUUGUGCGUGGACCUCUGGUUAACAAUCUCGUCCUUCCCUUCAGGUCCAGCUUUACAACAACCAAAUUGUAAAAUUGUAAUUGUUUUCUUUUGCAAUUCAGUGAUAUUGAUUGAUUAGCUACAAGUCUCCCUCCCUCCAACCAAGGCCAAGGAAAGCCAACCAACCAUCAAACACCUAAACCCUUAACUCCCUUGGCCGUCACUAACACUACUUGCCUUCCUUCCUUGACUUUACCGUCCGCCUGCCGCCGCCACAUUUAACUGUGUCCACUCUUGUAGUAUUCUUCUGUGUCUCUAACUAAGCAUCAUGGAAGGGGAGGAAAAACCAGAAGAAUCCUUCGCCGUUAAGCUGAAGUAUUACACUACUCUGACCUUGGGAACAACGGCAUGUCUCUCAUCCUUCAUCUUCAUGUUCUUGAUUCCGUGGAUAUUGGAUCCAUCUAUAUCCACUCUCAUGGCUAACUUCGACCCAGAGCAGGUGUUGUGCAGGACAGUCAGAACAGAUCAUUUGGUGAGCAUGAAGAACUGUUCCUGGUCAUCGUGUAAGCACGGAUGCACCACGGACCAAUAUGAAUGUGACCAGAUCUAUGUGGACUACAUGCACGUUCCCUAUAGCGAGUACGACGAAGAGAGCUUCGAGAUGGAUGAAGACCUUUGGGUUGGACGUGGUGUUCCCCUUUUCAUCAACAUCAAGGCUUGUGGAUACCCGCCUCAAACGAACUGCUCCACCUUCGCCGAUAAGCACGGUCCCGAGGGCUCUGUCUUCGCCUGCCAUUACUCCCGCGCUGACCCCAACUUGGUCAUCACCGAAUACUCGUGGUGGAAGGAGGUCAACAGCAUCAUCCUGGCCCUCCUGAUUCCAAACGUCCUGUGUGGGUUCUCCCUCGGUCUGGUGACCUACUGGUGGUAUCCUGGGUGCCAGAAGAGGCGCUGUCAGUACCAGCUCCCGCCUGACCAAGAGGACGCGUCUUCUAACAAUGCUGACGACGAAGACGAUGAAGAGGGAGAACAGGAUGACGAAGGAGAUGGAGCAAAGAAGGGAGAUGAAAGUGACAUGAAGAACAGACCUCAAGAAGAAGAAAAGGACCGUGAUACAUCCAUCAGCAUGCCUGAAGAGAGAGUGUGACUACUGGAUAACGGGGCUGUAGGACAAAGUGGAGGAUGAAAAUAAUGCUGCUGUCAGUCAAAAUAAGAAGCAAAUAUAAAAACUGGAUAGCAAGGCCCCGCCAUUGCAAAGAAAAUGAGAGAAGAAAAGCGAAAGCAAUCUCUAUACUUGUAUUCUUGCUUGUCUAUGAAAACUUACAUGCUACACAAAUAUAUAUCUAAAAAUUUGUAAAAAAACAAAAAAAUAAUACAUAUAUACACAUGUUGAGUGUAAUCUCAUUACUUAUCCCCUUUUCCUCAUCUUUCUCUGUAAAUUAAAAGUGUAAGCCUUGCCAAAAGAACAAUUGUAACCCUUGCUGUCACCAGUAUUGUUAAAAUGCCAUCAAUACGAGAAAAAAAAAAAUUCCGCCUUCAGCCCCUAUUUCUUUUCGGAAAUAAAAACAAAAACAUCAACCUAAAAAAAAAAAAAAAGAGCAAAAACCACUUUCAUAUAUCCCAUCUCAUAUAUAUUUUAAGCUUUGACUUAAAAUCUUCAAAAGGCUUCUGUACCUCUCCCGGGCAAAGAUCACAAGCCCGUAUAAUGAUGCUGAUUCGAGUUUCACCUGCAAGAUACAUUGUACAUUUUUCUCCCUUCUGUUUUGCUCUGUGUAGCUGCACUUUCAAAGGAAAGAUUUUCUUGCACUAUGUAAUGGUUAAGUGAAAAUGGUUAACCAAAUGAUUAUUUCAAAAAAUGAUAAUAAAAAAUGCAAAAAAAAAAAAAAAAAAAGUUAAAAAUAUAUCUUCUCAGUAAGUGGAGAGUCAUCUCGGUCUACUCUAAUGCUAUGAUAUAAAUACUACUUGCCGAGGUCACUGAGAACUAGUUGUAGUCCUUUCAUUCAAUUUUGUAGCUAAUAAGUCUUGCAAAUUUACAGCUGAUCUUUUUAUAAUAGUCAUUAAUUUGCUUCUAACCUUUACAAUUGCAGAUAGCCACUUGCUAUUCUAUAUAUUUUUUAGAAGUAUAGAAGUUUUCAACUUAUCUGAUCUUCUAAACUGAGAGAAGGGAAAUAUGUUACAAUAUUAAUAAUGAAUUACUUCAGUUAACUGUGACAGACUUCUGUUUCCAGAAAUAAUAUGAACUCAAGCUAGCUUUAUAGAUCAAUUAAGCAUUAGAAAUUCUUACUUUGAAUUAAUGCCAUUCAUUAAACAACAAGGAUGCAUUUGAUCAUCACUUUGUUAUCUUUAUUAAGAAUGAUUAUUUCAUGUUGCAAGAAGAAAGUUACUGACCCAGUGUCAAGGAAAUAUUGUUAUUUGUUCAGAAUACUAAUUUUAAAUAAUGCUGUUCAACUAUGAUUCUGUGAUCAUUAGAAUGUCAGUUGUAAGUUAUAUGAAAGCACAUCAUAUCCCAUACUAAAGCACAAAAAUGCUUUUGCUUAUAAUGUUAAAGUGUAUCAUAGAUAAUAUGGUUAUUGAUUGUUAUAGAAAUAUUUACUUAUCAUUUUUUAUUUUCUUCUCUUACUUUUCAUCAUGGUAUUCAGUCAGAGAGGAAGUCAUGAUUAAAAUAAGAAAAUCACUUACUGCUGUGUGUUCCAAUUUUUUAAAAGUUGUGUGAAGCAAAUACAUUGAGGACCUGUCAUUUUCUUACCAAGAAAAUUCAGAACAAAAAUAUUAAAACAGUAUUUAUAACUUUGAGGGCCUUUGUGCACAAUUCAUCUGUCAAUUGUACGUCCUGUGUCCAUUUGUCAAACUUUUAAGGGAAAGAAGGGCGCUCUACAGUAGUAGACUAUUACAAAUUAUAUUAGCAGAUAUUGUAGAAUUCAUAGUACACAUUUGUUACACUGAAGAGCCUUCUUCUUAACCUUUUGGUUGUAAAUAUACAUCUAUUUUUUUCAUGCUUAUUUUAGCCCUGCAUGUGUGAUGACAGUGCUACAAUACUCGAAUACUGUUAACAAGUAUUAUAUUGAUAGAAACCUAUUAGCUACCUUUAGAUGACACAGCAUUUACCAACCUGGUGCUAUUAUUUCACUGAAUUAGCUUCUGUCAUUGUUGAUUUGUUUGUCAAAUUUACCUCUCUUAGGUAAUACUUGCAUAGUUUACAGUACCAUGAUGUUCCUUACCUUACAGAGAUGCAGUAAAACAUUUAUUAUAAAUCAUUUAGAGUAAGAAUACGCACCUCAUAUUGGUCAGAAUUCCCACACAAAAUAAUACCAUUUUUCUGUCAUCAAACAACUUCCCACCAGGAUCCUUGUUGCCUCUUUUGCAACAUUAUCCUCUGUAAUAUCUUGCAUAUGCAUUACAAAUAUAACUGCACAAUAUUUGUGCUUGUUGAUGCUUAAAUUUCUACACAAAGUUUGCAAUAAAGAUUGCUCAACAA